AUGUUUAGCGAGGACAGCGAGUUUAUCAUCACACAACCACACCGUGAAAACGAGCAUCUUGAUGAGGAUCUAUAUCCAUACAACUCAGAUGGCUCCGUAAAUUUUAAUGGCCAUAAAAGGGGGGAAAGAGCGUCCAUUAUUUCAAUUUUGCUAAAAAAACUUUUCCCCCCCGAAAAUGGCCAAGUGGCAUCUCUGUCCGAUGAGGUUUUGGAAUAUAAAAAGCGCAUAAGUCAGUCAAAACAAAAGCUUGAAACUUUCUUUGGCCUUCCCACACCAAUAGAUGCUCACGGAUUGAAGGCCCUGCUGCAAAGUAGGGUCCCCAUGUGCUAUUUUAUGUACUCUAUGCUGGAAGAUUAUUCUGUUGAAAACUUGUUUUUUAUCUUAGAAGUUGAGCAGUUCGAAUGCACAGUAUUUAACUCCACAAAGAUGAAGAAAAGAGUAGCCAUGGGCCUGUAUACCACCUUUGUUAAAAAUGGCGCAGAUUUUGAAGUAAAUUUGGAUGAGAAAAACAAGACGGGCAUCAUAGAAAAGAUCAGCAAGGGGGACCAAUAUUGCUUCUCUGGUGCAAAGGAGCAUAUUCUGAAACUAAUCGAGCCGAAGGUCCAGCUUUUUAAAAACAGCUAUGUUUUUGAGAAAAUGAGGAAGGAACUAGGAUACACCAGCAUUUACAAAAAAUCGGCACGAAACGCGGCCGUCCGUAUCUUGUUAAGGAAUCUUGAUGAAAAUUUGCCCACAAAAAGCUCGUAUACAAAAACCAGUAAAAAGGGCGGUAAAAAAAACAAUGAAAAUUCUGCUCACAUUGAAGAUAUCAAGGGGUAUUCCCAAAAAAGGAAUCACAAGAUCCGAGGCAUGAUUCAUGCAUUCUGCAUUAUUCGUCUGGGCGUUGAUUUCAUCGAUAGGAACUACAGAGUAUCUUCCGAGCUGGAUAGAUCCUCCUCAAACACCAGAAAUAGAUUCUCCACCAGAAUUUCUCAGUUUGAUCUAAAUGAAAAAAGAGGAGUUAUCGAUUUGAUUGAUUUUGACGAGGACAACAACCAGGACCCGGAUCCUUUUGAACUGUACCUGGAAACGUUGAAGACAUAA